ACAAAGUAUUCUUAGGAAAUUUUCUGAUUUUUUUUUAUUAAAGUAAUAAUUGUGACAUAAACUUUUAUGGGGCUAUUCUGUAAUUCUUAACGACAGAGUUUCGUUAUCGUUAUAUAUAUUCUCGUUGCGCAGCUUUUUUUAUCAUAUAUAUGAUAUCUGCGCAACACAAAUAUAACGAUAACGAAACUGUCGUUAUAAGAGUAAAGCUCCUUGCAUAACAGGCGAUUUACAGAAUAGGCACUGGUUUCUGCAGUUCUCAUGGAUUACAGAAUAAUGGCUAGAUUACAGGAUAAUCGUUUAGAUAUGAUAAUAUUUGGUGCCACUGGAUACACCGGAAAAUAUGUAGUGAAAGAUGCGACACAUAUGUGCAAAGAGCAGAAAAUGAAGUUUGGUAUUGCUGGUCGUAGGAGGCAAGCUUUAGACGCGGUUGUUAAGGAAUUUGCCUCCGAUAUUGGAAAAAACGAUAUACCUGUUAUUGUAGCUGACAUAAAAGAUGAGGAGUCUCUCAAGAAAAUGGCAGAGCGAGCAAAGGUACUCAUCAACUGUUGCGGUCCAUAUAGAUUUUACGGAGAACCAGUUAUUAAAGCGUGCAUUGCUACUUGCACUCAUUACGUUGAUGUCACUGCCGAAGAAGAGUUUAUGGAGAGAAUGCAAUUAGAAUACAAUCACGCAGCACAAAAAGCUUGCAUUUAUAUGGUAAACGCUUGUGGCGUGGUCUGUGUUCCUAGCGAUUUGGGAAUUAUUUUCACGCAACAGAAAUUUGAAGGAGAAAUCAAUGCUGUUGAAGUAUACGUAAAGGUGUGGCCAACCGACACUGAGAAAAGUCCAUGUAUGAACUAUACAACUUGGGAGUCCCUAAUAUACAAUUUGGCUUAUCCAAACGAACUACAGGAAUUAUAUACUAAGUUGUAUCCUACCAAACUGCCCGAACUUACGCCGAAAUUAGAAUCAAGAGGUAUGCUGCACCGAAGCGAUGUUUCUGAAGGCUGGUCCGUGCCAUAUUUAACGUUUGCUGACCGUCCUGCAUCUCUUCGUACACAGCGAUUCUUGUACGACAAUUACAAAAAGAGGCCAGCGCAAGUUCAAGUUUACCUCACGUUGAAGUCCUUUGAGUUCUUGAAAGGCGCCAUUACUGGUAUAAAUUUAUUAUGCAUGUCUCGCACAGCAUGGGGUCGUAAUUUACUUUUACGAGUAUGUG